AUGUUAGUCCUAGAAGAGCAGCGUUACAUCCACGAGGAUCUAGAGCGCCUUGAACAGGGCAUUGCGGACCGCAUCCGCGAGGACCCCAAGCAUAUUCGCGACCGCCUCAACCGCGACCACGAAGUUGCACAGCUCUUGGAUCAGAUCCAGGCCCAAUCCCAGAACCUACUCAACAUCUACGGGGACGAGUCUGGAAGCAGGGCCCAAGAGAUCCAACAGAUCGGCACCGGAGAUCCGUUCGAAGAGUUUUAUCGUCAGUGGAAGGACGUUCGAGAUCACCACGCAAGAUAUCCCAAUGAGCAGGCGGAGAACUCAGAGCAGCGAUACAAGGUGUCGAGACAUGGCGAUCCGUCAGAACCUAUGCCCUCCAUUGUCGACUCUCUGUUCUCAGGAGAGGAGGCCUACGGAAGAUUUUUUGAUCUAAAUACUUGUCACGAAUCUUUUCUCAACCUGCCAAACGUAAAGCGGUUGACCUAUCUGCAGUAUCUCGAGUUGUUUGACAACUUUGCGCCCGGCUUUGCAGGCGUAAAGCGGAAUGAGAAGCUUACUGAUCAGUAUUUCAAAUAUGUCGGAGAUUUAAGCGAUUAUCUCGAGUCGUUUAUGCGACGGACACGACCUUUGGAGAAUGUGGACAAGAUCGUGCAGUCCUUUGACCAGGAGUUUGAUGCGGCUUGGACCAAGGACGAAGUAGAGGGGUGGACUCUUGAACAGGCGACAUCAACCAAGCAGCGCACAGGAGACGCCAUAUGGUGCGACGACUGCGAGAAAGAAUUCGCCAACGAAAACGUCUACAAGAACCACCUCAAGGGACGAAAGCAUAUCAAAGCCGCAGAGCAGCGAAGCCAGCGACAGGAAGAGUCGAAGCCGGCAGCGAAUGGUUCUGGGAAGGGAGUAGUCUCUCCAAACAGACUAAAAGAGCGAGCUGUAGCAGAGCGCGAGCACCGAGUCAAGCGAUUGGCCAGUGCCAUGAGUACCGAGCGGGGCGAUACCCGUGUCAACGUCGAACGCAAGCAAGGAAUGACAGAACGAGAGCGUCAACAGGAACUGGACAACCUCCUCAACGUGUCUGAUACCCGUCACGAACCGAUGGAUGAAGACGAUGGUGAAGGCGAGGAUGGCGAAGAAAAGAUUUACAACCCUCUCAAGCUCCCUCUGGCCUGGGAUGGAAAGCCCAUUCCCUUUUGGCUGUACCGAUUACACGGACUCGGAGUGGAAUUCCCCUGCGAAAUCUGUGGAAACUUUGUCUACAUGGGCCGACGUGCGUUUGAUAAGCACUUUAACGAGGCCCGCCACGUGUAUGGCCUCAAGUGCUUGGGCAUUGCCAACACCAGUCUGUUCCGAGACAUUACAGGGAUUGACGAGGCCAUGAGACUCUGGGAAAAGAUCCAGAAAGAGAAGAAGAGGGGAAAGAUUGACGACGGUAGCGUCAUUCAGAUGGAGGACGGUGAAGGAAACGUUAUGCCGGAGAAGGUAUACUACGAUUUACAGAAGCAGGGCUUGCUUUGA